AUGGUCAACGAUCGAUGGAAAAAUGUUGGAGGGGCAGCACAGCUGGAAGAUGGACCGCAGGAGAAAUCACAGAGAAUGAGUUGUGGUUAUAUCCUGUGCACUGUCCUCCUCUCCGUGGCCGUCCUCCUGGCUGUCACUGUCACCGGCGCCAUCCUCUUCAUGAACCACUACCACACGCCCGUCACAGACUCCCCGCCCGUCAUUGGCACCAAUCCCGACGAAUCCAACGCCUUGGUCACCAUCGAGAAAGCCGACAGCUCCCGCAUCAACAUCUUCAUCGACCCAAACUGCGCGGACCAAGCGAACGGCUUCACCCGCCUGGAAGGCCUCCAAACGUCCCUCCUGCGGGCCGUGACGGACCACGAUGCCGAGACAAAGUCAUCGAAAGGACAGGAGAGGGCCUUGCUGGUCGGGCUGUCGGAUGAAGUCUCCAAGUUACUCACCCACGCCACUCAGCUAAGGACGGAGUGCGACGGUUUGAAAAAGGGGCACAGCGCCAUGGGGCAGGAGUUGAACGCCCUGCAGAAUGAGCAAGGGCGCCUCAUACAGCUGCUCUCAGAAAGCCAGACCAAUAUGGCACGAUUGGUGAGCUCAGUCAGUGAUAUCUUGGACACCUUGCAGAAGGACCGCAGCGUGCUUCGCCCUCGACUCAAAGCUGACCUUCAAAAAGCUCCUGCACGGAGCGCCCGGCCAAAGGGAUGUUCUAAUGGCUCCCGCCCUCGGGACUGCUUUGACAUCUACGCAAGUGGACAACAAGAGGACGGCGUUUUCUCCGUCUUCCCCACGCAUGACCUGGAGGGCUUCCAGGUUUACUGUGACAUGACGACAGACGGCGGGGGAUGGACGGUCUUCCAGCGGCGGGAGGAUGGCUCUGUGAAUUUCUUCCGUGGAUGGGAAACUUACCGGGAUGGAUUUGGGAAACUCACUGGAGAACACUGGUUAGGGCUAAAGCGGAUCCAUGCCUUGACCACUCAAGCCAACUAUGAGUUGCGCAUUGACCUCGAAGACUUUGAUAAUGGCACAGCUUAUGCCCACUAUGGAACCUUCUCUGUGGGUUUGUUUUCCGUUGACCCUGAAGAAGACGGCUAUCCGGUCACUGUCGCCGACUAUUCUGGGACAGCGGGAGACUCCUUCUCGAAACACAACGGCAUGAAAUUCACCACGAAGGACCUGGACAACGACCACUCCGAGAACAACUGUGCCGCCUUCUACCACGGCGCCUGGUGGUACCGCAACUGCCACACCUCCAACCUGAAUGGGCAGUACCUCAAGGGACACCACAGCUCGUACGCUGAUGGCAUCGAGUGGUCCUCAUUGACAGGCUGGCAGUAUUCCCUCAAGUUCACCGAGAUGAAGAUUCGGCCUGUCAGGGAUGACAAUUAG